AUGGAGUUCUGCAUAGAUUUGCCUGCUAUGCAGUCUUUCAACCGAUGGAAAUUCUUCAAUCACAAACUGUAUUACUUCUCAUUAUUGCAAGUAACGUCGGAUGAAGCUCACGAAUUCUGCGCCUCAGUGAACUCCAAACUUGUGGUCAUUAACAGUAGGGAGGAACAGGAAUAUAUCCGGCAAAAUAUAAAACAUAAUCAUUGGAUUGGACUCCAUUACUCUGCUAAAGAACAGACGUGGCUUUGGGUGGAUGGCACGAAUUAUACUUCAAACGUUAAGUCCUGGGCGAGCGGUCAACCCGAUGGUGGUGAAGGCUGUGUUGUAGUGAUCGAUAAUGGAUUGUGGCACGAUUGGUUCUGCAGUGACAAUCAUUUCUUCAUUUGUGAGAAGCCGGCAUGA